CUGAGGUCAGUCUGGUGCUCCUCUCUUACCACUACUUCUCCUCAACCCCAGCCAACAGCAGGACGACGAUGGCGGGAACUGUGAUGAAAGUGAUGGCGUUGAUGUUGUCCAACUUCCUGGUCACCAGUGCUGUGAUAACAACCAUAAAAGUGUACAAGGUGGCGUCGUCACAUAAUGAUCCAUUUCCUAUCUGUACAAUAAAAGUUGUAGAGAUGCAGAGAAUUUCAAGGACGUCUUGUGCUUUAAAAUGUCUUGAGGAACCUCUGUGUAGGGCCUUCUGUGUUAAAGGCGCCUCGUGUCACAUCAACGGAGGCCACCUGGAUGGUCGCUGGCCUGGAGCAGCUGUUGGUCACAUCUAUCCUGGUAUUUUUACCUACGAUUAUUGUUAUGCAUACUUGGAGGAAGGAGAUGUUACGUCCCAUAUUGUGAGCACCUCGGCCUCCACUGUUCACUCGGAAGGAUUAUAUCCAGAAUUUGUUAUAAAUGGGUUUUACUGUCAUAUCCCGAAGUACCAUGGUCCUCUAUUUUACUGCUGGGCUGCGAGUCCUAGUGACGUUCAAGGGUAUUGGCGGGCCACUCUAGACUCCCCACAAACUAUCAGCACAAUCUAUGUCUGGACGCGUGGUGACGGCCAUCCUACGCCAACUUUUGAUAAUGUAGAGAUAACUUUUGGUACCUCCAGCGACUUCGACAACCCUGUCUUUGACACUUACCCAAACACGGCAUUAAUUACAGGUGAGAUGAUCACUUUCACUGCCACUAGCCCAGUGACUGGUCAGUACCUACAGGUGAGGGAUUUAUCUCCCACUGGUCCCUUGGGCAUUUGUAAUAUCCAGCUGCUCCAGUAAACACUGUCAUGCCUUUUGACUCACCUGCAGUUUACUUCAUUUACAGGUGAACUUUAGUCACCUUAAGAGCAGAGUUUAUACAAGAUAAAUUUGACUCAAGGAUCAAAGUGUUGUGUUUUCUCCACUAUGUUUGGUUCCAUGAGUCACGUUGUCUGUGACUGAAGGAUCACGUGUAAGACUGUUCUUGACAACUUUUACCCAUAAUACACAAAACUUAAGAAUAAGUAGAAGGAUAAUAAUUAUGUAUGUGAACAUUCAGAGGCUAAUAUGGCCGUCCAGUCUAUGAUGGUGAAAGUGAAUUAAAGGAACUGACGUGAAGCUCCUCAUACUGUUGCUGAUGUUUGUGUGUUGACAUUUAUAUCUCCCCGACACACCUGAAUUAUUGUACAGGUUCACUGUAAGUUCAGGGGUUCUCACAUGACACUCAUACUUAGGCCUGCUGUAUACACGCGUUAUAAACGUCUUCUUAACACACACACAGUUUGGUGUCAACUCUGAACCCCUUAGAUUGACCACUUAAAAUAAGUUGGAAAUUACUACAAGAGAAAUUUCCGUCAUUUAUAUUUAUUAAAUGCUAAGAAGACCUUGAUGUGAGUUAAUGAAUGUAAAUAAUUUACCACACUGAUAGAAAGAACGGUAACACUUUAUCUUUAAAAUGUGUUAAUGUUUAGUAUAAACAGCGGGGCUGCAGUGCACGACUGUGUCAGUUUUGAUCAAAUCCUUAUCCUUGUCAGGGUAGAUCGCUCUCACCUCAAUUGUACUACACACAGUUCCUACUGAAGCAUUACUGUUGAUGUUAAUUAGGGAGAAGUGUGAACGCUAUAUAACCAACACUUGUUUUACUGUUCCAUGGACUGCAGCAGCUGCUUAAUGCACGUCAAACGCUCAACAUAUAACAGUCAAAACAUUAUUAUCUCUCCCUUGACCUUCAAUGGUAUGUACCUAAAGUCUGUCACGCUCGACGGCUGCUCUCUCCACUUUGUUGACAUCUUCACCUGUCUGGGUCACAUAACACCACAAUAAUUGUUUAUGUGUAUCGUAGACAUGAGGCUGGAAGUGUUUGUCCAGCUUGACGAGUAAUUUUAACAUAUAUUUAUGUAUUCUUCAUCAGCCGACUAUUUGGGAUAUUUUCAUGAGUUAAGAAUUAGGGUCUUGGCUCAUACAAAUAAAAUAUUUCUACGGGUUGAUAUCCAUCAAUGGUAGAGAGUCAGCGUUAUCUUACAACACGGAAAUAUUUUCCCACUAAGUACUAGGAAUACACCUGUCCUCUGUCUUGUGUUAUGACACCUGUCAGCCGUCUUGUGUCACAGCACCUGUCAGUGCUCUUGUGUCACGGCAUCUGUCAGCCCUUUUGUGUCAGAGCACCUGUCUACCCUCUUAUGCUACGACACUUGUUAGCCAUCUUCUGUCACUGCAUCUUUCCCCGCUUUUGAGCCACGGAACAACUAUAAGAACAUGUACUGUACAGUCUCGUUCAAGAUUCUUCAAACACUGCUGGAGACAGCUGGCAACUC